AUGGGUUCUGGUGAGGAAGGCUCUAAUACAUGUUUUGUUUUCGAUAUUAUUGGUGAGGGGCAGACGGAGAUCAGUGACACCAUCGCAGAUGAAAUUGAGUUUUUGAAGCAGAACUACGACAGUAUUGAGGUCGUAGAACUUGAGGGAUUCUACCCAAAGGUGUUACUCACCCUCGAGGCGGAGUCAAACCCCAAGCGUCGUGUGGUGCUUGAGGUUGCCAUCGUUGCUGGCUACCCCUUCGUUGCCCCGAGAGUACGAAUUCAACUCCCAGAGGGUGUCACGCCUGAGUGCAGCGUGGCGCUGGAUGAGUCCGAGGCGCAUCAGAUUCAGGCGGAGGUGCGAGAAGCCAUUAGUCCCUGUCUUCUCGCAGGCGUCCCUUGUGUUAUGCAGAUCAUCUCCGUGGUGGAACGUGUGCUGUCUAGCGGCAUCCAACGUUCAUGUACGCCGAGGCAUGCGAAACCCGUCGAUGCUGCGGAACUUCCACCUUCCCAGACGACGCUAAAAGCGCAGGAGUUGAUAAGGAUCUGCAUUCUAUUGCUCCAUCUACUUAAUAAAUGUUGCCAUUUGAAGGACCCUGAAUCCAUGGAAGAGGCCAAAAGCAAUUUUCAGCUACUAGCUCAUUACUUGAUAAAUGACUUGAAGCUUAUACCAAAAAAGCUGCUUAAAUGCAUACCUUGGAAGUAUGAUUAUACUCAACGCGCUUUUCGCGAAACUGUCCGCGAAUCUAUGGAUGGAACCGACAAUAUUACCAAGUGGUUUUGGUCUCAAGAGGAGGGUAGUGGCGCCUUUCAAAACAGUUCGCCUGGACGAUACAAGAAUGAGUUUAUUCAGCAACGCAAGUUGGGCUCUGGUGGGUUUGCCCCGGUUUUUGUUUGCCGCAAAAAAGUGGAUGGCCGUCUGUAUGCCGUUAAGAAAAUUCUCACCAAAAAGGACCAAUCAGAAAAAGUUCUAAGGGAGGUUCAGAGUUUGGCAGCCCUGAGUCACAAAAACAUUGUCCGCUACUAUGACGCAUGGAUGGAGCCUGGAUGCGACGAGGACCUGUUAAGCUAUGCAUCUCUUCCAGAGGAGACAGAGGAGGAUGAAAAAGAGGGGAGCCGUGAAUUAAUGGAUACUUUACACCUGGACGCUAAGGCAAGGCGGCAGUCGUUUUGGGAUGAUAGCUCGGAGACAAGCAGUGCAGCCGAUGCAUCAAGUGAGGAAAGUUGCUCCUGUACCUCCUCAGACGACGACUCCCCCCGAGGUAUUUUGAACACCCCAUACAUUGCCCACUCUGAGGACUAUCGCACACUUUAUAUUCAAAUGGAAUUGUGCUCCAAGAACACACUACGGCACAUGAUUGAUGAGUCUGACAGGGGUGAAACAAGCCUUUUUUCUUCUGAGAAUGGAGAAAAAAUGGCGGCACGGAUUUUUCGUCAAUUGCUGACGGUUGUGGCUCACUUUCACAGGGAGAAAAUUGUGCACCGUGACCUCAAGCCCGAUAACAUUCUGUUCGAAAUGGAGGAGUCAGCGAGUGGAAGUGAAAUUGAGGGCAUUCGCGUGGCGGAUUUUGGCUUGGCGCGGACGAUGCAGUCAUCGGUAAAACGAAAUCCCAACAGCUUUGAGAUGGAUGACCUUAAUGCGCUUGUUGACCGUGAGGAUGGCUGUUUCCCGACAGGAAACUUGGGAUCUGUUCUGUACUGUGCUCCUGAGCAAGAGCGCGGUGAGGACUAUGACUUUAAGGUGGAUGAGUACAGCCUGGGGAUGAUAGCGCUUGAGAUGUGGCUUGCUGUCGCAGGUAAAGGCUUCAGGGAGCGCUUUAAUAUUAUGACAGAAGUUAGUCGUGGAAAUAAGCUUCCCGAGUGGUUUUUAAAGUGGAAUCCAAGAAUGGCAAAUGUAAUUGCUGGCCUUAUUGAAUGGGACCCGAGUUCACGGCGCUCAUGUGAAGAGCUUCUCAUCACGGCUGAUCUCCCUGGCGAUCCUGCGGACAUUGUGGAGGCAUUGGAAACGAUUGAGCGACACAGGGAACGUAUUACCGGCCGUGUGCUUCACUGUAUUCAGAAAAUGAUGAUGACUCACUACCGCAAGCCAGCACCGCAGGUAAAGGAUUAUACAAAGUCACUCACUAAUACAGUUUUACUUGAUCUCAUACAGGCAAUUAACAUUAUUGGGUACCUUCACGGUGCUGUCCCCGUGGCCUGCUAUGAUUCAAUGAUUCCUAUGAAUCCCUCACUUGGUGAGUUCGAGGUUCCAUGUGUUAUUGACAUGCGGUCAAGAGUGUGGGCAACCCCAUCACAACCACAUCUUGCUAUAGCCCACUUUUUCGGCCACCUGACGCAUCCUCACAUCGGCUCUUUUUAUCAAUUCUUUCACAGAACACGACCCUACGCGGUAUUUACGACGCCGUUGUGUCCAUCUGGAAUUGCGGAGGAAGCAGUUAUCGAUCCGGUGCUAUCCUUUCUCCAUCUAUUGUCUGUGUUUGAUUUGAACACCAAACUUAACCUCAUUAUCUCCCACGCCCACUGGUUGAAUGCAACCUGUUCGCGCGAGUCCAGUCCAAAGGUUUCGUAUGAUGAUCUAUCGGAAGUGGGUGGUCCGAUUGAAUCAAGUGACCUGAUUCUGCCGCUUGUUUCUAGGAUGGAUGGGGCCUUUGUUGAAGCGCGUCUAUUAAGGCCCUCAUGGGAUAGACUAGAAUCCGUACGAAGCUUCACCACUCUAUUACUUGAGGUUCUGCCUUUGUUUGGGAAGCAGGUUGCCUCGAACGUCAGCAUAAGCAUUGAUCCUGCCCUGAAGCCAAGUGAGACAUCUGUGGAUAGGGCAUUUCUCGAGCAUGGGCUUAUUCUCGAAUGUCGUACACAAGGCGAGGGUAGGCCAGUGGCAUUUUUCUGUAACCUUGAAAACUUCACGAGUAAGUGUCUUCCAAGGGGGUCUGAUAUGCCUGCAGUUAGUUUGAGUGUCGAUCUUUUUGAGCUGGGGGCAGUGGGAAAACACGUUCACUUUCAACAGAAGUCUCUGCUGCUUAGCGGGGUGGGAAUUUGCCGUCAAGACGUUUACGCACCGGGUCAAAUGAGUUCCAUCAUCGCCGCAGCUGUGAAGGUGUGGAGUGGCAACGUACGAGCCUGCCUGUGUGUGGAUCAUGACAGCCGUGCCUUUUGCAAAGCCAUGAAGGCAAGAAAUUUGUCCAUGGUGUUGCUGGAUGGGUCCCGGUUUGCAUCGCUUGAGUCUGUGCAGCACGGUAAGGUGCGAACUCGCAGAGACGCCAUUUCCGGGGAUUUAUGCGUGGCCAUACGAAAGCUCAACGGGGCGGAGUUGAUGGAGGACGUUCAGCCAAGGGAGCCUGCGAUAUUUAUUAGGGAAGAAAAGGCAAAGACGUUUUCUGCAGAGGAGGCUAGUGAAAUUUACUCCAUCAUUGUAAAAUCCAUCUCCCACAUCCUGGUGGUGGAUUCAGAGGCCAAGACGGUGGAGUGCGGCCUAAAAAAGUUCAUGGGACACUCGAUACCAACUGAGGUGGAUACCCCCAAAGCCGCCGAGCUUAGUAAGUGGCUAAAAAGCAACAUGUCGGCACACGGUGUGCUGCCUAUUUUUUCUACCCAUGACAGGACCGUGUCCUUCUUUGUCAACCAGAAUAUAUUCCGCCGCAUAGGCCAUAGCGAUGGUGGGAGGAGGAAGAAAUAG